AUGGAACGCCGUAUUUCGUUCCCCAAGUCCCGAGCUCCGGUUGGGCUAGUGGCCGCAGUUUUUUUCGUGUCAUGCUGGAACGGCCUGUGGACGAGUGCGGUAACAGGAACAGCAAUACAGCCGCAGUGCACUCUAGGGGAGGGGAUGACCAGGUGUACCUGCAGUUCAUCAGUAGGUGUAGGAAGAGGAACAGUUGGGACCGGUAGCAGCGCAACUCUGUCCGAGUCGAACAAUGCAAUCACUAUUCAGUGUCCCAAAGCAGGCUUCAAGUUUGUACCGGCGGAUCCAAAUCGUGUAUGCACUUUCGCCGAGGAACAAACCCCUCUGAAAACGUGCGAUGAACACAAGGAUGAAAAAGCCUCUCCCAUCGAAGAUUUUCUGGCGCACACCCCCGACACCAACCCAGCAGCGUGGAAGACGACAGAAGGAGGCACGAAGGAUAAUUCAUUAACCAUUCCACCAGACAGCUUCCCACUGAUCGACAAAAGCUUCUUUGCCGGAUGCCUACAAACAGCAACCAACUAUGACGAGUGUUUGGUGACGGUCAGCGUCAAGGCCAGGACCUCGGCCGUGAAAGACGGUGUCCUCAUUUGCGCCUACGGCAAAGAGAGCAACUCGUUUGUUCCAGAAGUAACACUGAAUUCCGAGAACAACUCACUGACCAUCCAGUGCGGCAGUGAGGGACAGAUGGAGCCGACGCAGCAAUCUUUGACUGCCUACCACUGCGCCGGCUCCAACACAACAGACUGCCAGAAGGUGAACCUGACUGAGAUCAUGCCGACCUUCACAUCGAGCUGGUGGACAAAGGACGAGCAGAACAGUAAUGCACCGAAACUGGUGAUUCCGGAAGACGGCUUUCCUUCCCAGGAAGAAACGAUCGUAUUGGGCUGCGAGCAAAUAAAACCAUCAAGUGCAAGGGAAACGCAAGGUGGUGAAAGCACUGCUGUUGAGCUGCCGACAUGCAGCGUGAAGGUGACACUCAGUGCCCAGACCUCGGGUUCACAGGCCUCGAACGCUUCCUUCCUCGGAUUGUUCCUUUUGGCUUUCAUGUCCUCUAUCAUGGGCUCAUACUAA